AAUAUGUCAAUACCUAGAAGAAUAACGAAAGAAACACAGAACUUAGCAAAUGAACCACCACCUGGCAUAGUUGCAGCUCCGGUGCCAGAGAACUACAGACACUUUGACAUUUUAAUAAACGGACCCGAUGGAACGCCAUACGAAGGUGGAACAUACAAAUUAGAACUCUUUUUGCCCGAGCAAUACCCGAUGGAGCCCCCCAAAGUGCGGUUCUUGACAAAAAUAUACCACCCGAAUAUCGAUAAAUUGGGUCGAAUAUGUCUCGAUAUACUAAAAGAUAAGUGGAGCCCUGCACUGCAAAUACGAACAGUACUGCUGAGCAUCCAGGCCCUGUUGUCGUCCCCCGA